AUGUCACACGAGGACGACAAGGACGACGACGUCAACAACAACGACGACGACAAUGACGACGCGCGACGCAAUGGCUGCUCGGGCGAGCCGAUAUGCGUCCAGUACAAGUUCUCGCAGACAGUUCCGCCAUCGAAGGGCAUACCGGCGCAAAUCAGGCUACUGAGCAUGUCGAAGUACAGCUUUGUGACGGUCCACGGUGACUGUAAUGUGCUCAUUUGGAACUCGCUCCGCAACGUGCCGCCUCGGCGCGUAGUGGUCGACAUCGUGAUGGACUACAUCACCGGCAUUGCCAUCUCCCCUACGAAUAGUUCCAUAAUCGCACUCACCUUCCGGCUAGGUACGAUGCACGAGGCGUGGACGUUCGACUUGGCAAGUCGGACAACCGAGGCUAAGCUUUCGACGGGGGCGGAUUUCCACACGGUUCAAUUCUCGCCUGACGGGCGCCUUCUGGCGUGGAUAUCGGCGGGAUGCGUCGACGUCUGGGAGACGGUACUCGCCACGCACGUGCUGACGAUUCGAGAAAGCAAGAGGCGGACGAACGGGCUGCCGACGGCGCGGUUCGCAUUCACACCGGACUCGGGCCGCAUGGCAACCGUCGAUCGGUCGGGGCGGUUGACGAGCUGGGACGCAACGACGUGGUCGUUAGUGGACGAAUCCAAGGCAAAGAAGGCGUGGGAUAACGAAGGGCGCGAGGCGGUGCAGCUCGUUGCUAGCAAAGAGCGUGUCAUGGUGGUCUCGCGCAAGGGACAAGAGUCGGGGACGUGGGCAUUGACGACGUGGUGGCCCGAAAACGGCAGCAGGGCAGAGCUCGAGAUGAAGGGUUGCGAGUUCGGAUGCGUGCCCGGGGAUGGCGAGUUCGUUGCGACGGUGCAGUCGGACGGCGGGAAGCUUCGGGUUCGCGAUUCGAGAAACGGCGUCUGCCUCGAUCAGUCGACCCAGGGCAUAGCGAAGAACGGCAAGUCGCCGUCAGUGGUGACAGGAGGCAUCACGUCGGAUGGGAGGAUCAUGGCGACGCAAAUUGUCAACGGGCGCACGACCUUGUGGCAGUUGGUGGCCGCCGAGUAG